CCUAAAAUCAUUCUCCUUUUAGCAGUGAGCAGUACUCAUGAACCCUCCAAUUUUGAAACUUCCCUGAAAACAUCAAAAGCUUAGAGACAGACACACUAACCCUCUUGAGCUUACCGCUCACACCAACUGAAAUGCCCUUAUUGAAGUAUGCAGAAGCUUCUGCGCCUAAACCCUUCAAGCCCCCUUCUCUGCACUAAGUCUACCCCUUACUCUUACUCUUUAUCCAUUCUAAACUUCAGCCCAGUUCCAAAAAUGCCUGCAACGGCAGCCGCCGCUGCGGCCGGUCGCUCAGUCUUCGCUGUUGCGUUGCCGAAUUCUAGAAAACCCACAAUCUCUUCUCGCUUUAACUUCCGUUCCUCGGUGGGAGCUAAAACACCGCCGCCGAGGGCGUGGGUAGUUUUGAAGGAGGGACGGGCGUGGUACCACACGGUGGCCGUGGAGGGUACGAAAGCUGAGGAGGAGAAGAGUGAAGAGAAGGGCUUGAAGUUGAAUAGUAGAAGGCAAAAGAGUGGAAGUGGGUUAGUGGGGAACCCGGAUUUGUUGACGAUUCCGGGAGUUGGUCCGAGGAAUUUGAGAAAGCUUGUUGAUAAUGGAAUUGGGGGAGUCGCUGAACUCAAGCAGUUGUAUAAGGAUAAGUUUUGGAAGGCUAGUGGGAAGAUGGUGGAGUAUUUACAGAGUUCAGUAGGGAUUAUCCACAAAAAUCAUGCUGAGAGUAUUACAACUUUCAUUAAAGAGAGUGUGGAUGAAGAGCUAAAGGAUUCAAACUCAGAUGAUAAGCCCACUCCGAAGAAAAGAAUCACUCUCUGCGUUGAGGGAAAUAUAAGUGUUGGGAAAACUACGUUCCUUCAGAGGAUAGCGAAUGAGACACUCGAGCUUCGUGACCUUGUUGAGAUCGUUCCUGAGCCAAUUGAUAAGUGGCAGAAUGUUGGACCUGACCACUUUAAUAUAUUGGGAGCUUAUUAUGACGAGCCAGAAAGGUAUGCCUAUACCUUCCAGAAUUAUGUAUUCGUGACAAGGGUUAUGCAGGAGAGGCAGUCAUCUGUUGGAAUUAAGCCACUCAGGUUGCUGGAGAGGAGUGUUUUUAGUGACAGGAUGGUUUUUGUCCGAGCUGUUCAUGAAGCAAAAUAUAUGAAUGAGAUGGAGAUCAGCAUUUAUGAUUCAUGGUUUGAUCCUGUUGUAUCAGUCUUGCCUGGUCUUAUCCCAGAUGGCUUCAUCUAUCUUAGGGCAACCCCUGAUACAUGCCACAAGAGAAUGAUGCUGCGGAAGAGAGAAGAGGAGGGUGGAGUCUCCCUAGACUACCUGCGUUCCUUGCAUGAAAAGCAUGAGAACUGGCUUUUCCCAUUUGAAAGUGGUAAUCAUGGGGUGUUGUCUGUCAGUCAGCUCCCUCUGCAUAUGGACAACUCUUUACAUCCUGAGAUAAGAGACCGUGUAUUCUAUUUAGAGGGUGCACAUAUGCAUUCCAGUAUUCAGAAGGUUCCUGCUUUAGUUCUCGACUGUGAACCCAACAUUGAUUUCAGCAGAGAUAUCGAAGCAAAGAAGCAGUAUGCCCGCCAAGUUGCCGAGUUUUUUGAAUUUGUGAAGAAAAAGAAAGAAGAUCAACCUAUGCAACCUGCUGAAGGUGGAGCAAAAGGUACCCAACCAAAAGUCUUGCUUCCCAAUACAGGUGGAUUUUGGUUGCCGGAUGGAAAACAUUUCCCAGAGUCAGCCCUCAAAUCUCUGGACUUUAGACGAGCCAUGUCGAUCAUGUCUGGUCAGCAAUGAAGUUGUUACUAGCCCGUUUUCCUCGACCCAGUUUCAUGUGAACAGGUACCUGUUUGUCGGAUGUGCCUGUAGGAGCUGCUAGUUCUCAUGUGAAUGUAAAAUAGUUGUUAACCCUUAACCUUUAGAGAUGUAGAAAGAUUUGUUGACCGGUGAAUGCUAUGAUGAUCUGCUGAUUCGUUGUGAAAGUUCUUUUCUGUUAUUAUGUUAUAUAAAAUUCCUGUUUUGUGAUA